CCAUCACGUGCUUUAUCUGCGGAACGAUACCGAUAAAAAGGAAAAGACUUUCGUUUUCGCUUUCGUUUCUAUGCGCGAUCACUUUGAGACACUACACAGAAUCUUUGGUGCCUUUUGACCUUAACUGAAUUCCCAUUUUGAAACCCUUAACAAGCCAUGUCAAGGUAGCUUAUGUUCUUGAAAUGGGGUGUGUGAUUAGCCGAGAGGUGCAAUCGGGGAUUGUCUCUGAGGUGAAGGAGGAGAAGGGUUUGAGUGCUGAGUUGAGCAGGAAGGUUGGUGAUGUGUCUACAAGCAAUAUUGAUGUAGGCGAGGUGGAGAUUCAGAAUGGCGAGAAGCAGAGGGAAAAAGAAGAGAAUGGUAGCAAUGAUGAGCAGCCUCGGAAAGCGAGGGGCGAAAGAAGAAGAUCAAAGCCAAACCCAAGGAUGAGUAAUCCCCCUAAGAAUUUGAGGGGGGAGCAAGUAGCAGCUGGGUGGCCACCGUGGCUUACGGCAGUUUGUGGGGAAGCACUCAGUGGCUGGAUUCCUCGAAAGGCUGACACAUUUGAGAAAAUUGAUAAGAUUGGUCAAGGAACAUAUAGUAAUGUGUACAAAGCUAAGGACAUGUUGACUGGUAAGAUCGUUGCAUUGAAGAAGGUCCGAUUUGACAAUUUGGAACCUGAGAGUGUCAAAUUCAUGGCAAGGGAGAUUAUUAUUUUGCGAAGAUUGGAUCACCCCAACGUUGUAAAGCUAGAAGGUUUAGUUACAUCAAGAAUGUCCUUGAGUUUGUAUCUCGUUUUUGAUUACAUGGUGCAUGAUUUAGCUGGUCUUGCUGCAAGCCCUGAAAUAAAGUUUACAGAACCUCAGGUCAAAUGUUACAUGCAUCAAUUGUUAUCAGGUCUUGAGCACUGUCAUAAUCGAAAUGUGCUUCACCGUGAUAUUAAAGGAUCAAAUCUACUUAUCGACAAUGAUGGAGUACUUAAGAUUGCUGAUUUUGGUCUUGCAUCAUUCUUUGAUCCGAACCGCAAGCAACCCAUGACUAAUCGUGUAGUAACCCUUUGGUAUAGACCUCCGGAGUUGCUUCUUGGUGCCACAGAUUAUGGUGUGGGCAUUGACCUUUGGAGUGCUGGUUGCAUUCUAGGAGAGCUAUUGGCUGGGAAACCUAUUAUGCCUGGUCGUACAGAGGUGGAACAAUUGCAUAAGAUAUACAAACUUUGCGGUUCACCUUCUGAUGAGUAUUGGAAGAAAUCAAAGUUGCCUAAUGCUACCUUGUUUAAACCUAGAGAGCCAUAUAGGAGAUGCAUAAGAGAGACAUUUAAAGAUUUUCCACCUUCUACACUAGCCCUUAUUGACACUCUUCUUGCAAUUGAUCCCGCUGAACGGAAGACUGCCUCAUAUGCUUUAAGAAGUGAGUUCUUUACCACAGAACCUUAUGCUUGUGAUCCUUCUUGUCUUCCAAAAUAUCCCCCGACCAAGGAAAUGGAUGCUAAACGACGGGAUGAUGAAGCAAGGAGAUUAAGAGCUGCUGGAAAAGCUCAUGGGGAUGGUGCAAAGAAGCAUCAUCGUACACGUGAACGUACUGCAAGAGCUAUUGCUGCUCCUGAAGCCAAUGCCGAGCUUCAACCCAACAUUGAUCGAAGGCGUCUCAUCACUCAUGCGAAUGCUAAGAGCAAGAGUGAAAAGUUCCCUCCACCUCAUGAAGACGGGCAACUUGGAUACCCGUUGGGAUCUUCAAACCAUAUUGAUCCAGACACUCUCCCUCCUGAUGUCUCUUUUGUUUCAACCACAUACAACUACACAAAGGAACCAUUCCAGGCAUGGUCUGGUCCGAUCGGUGUGCCAAAGCAGAAGAAACACAAUAAUGCAGGUGAUGCAUUGGAUUUAUCCAAACCACAUAAAAGUGCCCUCAAGGACAAGGUUAAAGGAAAGAAAAUCAUAGUUUAGAUUAUAUUAUUUCAUACAUUCUUAUACAAGUCAAAUUUAAGAAUAUGUUCCCUGGUGCCUCAAUUUUUUAGUGGAUCAUAAAUUGCUUAUCAUGGGAUGAAAUAUUUUUUCUCCA